ACCAACCCCCCUGCACGAGGCUGCCUCUGGGGGUUAUAAGGCUGUGGUGGACGUCCUCCUGGCAGGGGGGUGCGACCUCAACGCCAGAGACUGUGACGCCUGGACCCCCCUCCACUUCGCUGCCUCUGAGGGUCAUAAGGCAGUUGUGGACGUCCUCGUGGCGGGGGGGAGCGACCCCAACGCCAGAAGCAGGAGCGACCAAAGCACCCCCCUGCACGAGGCUGCCUCUGGGGGUCAUAAAGCAGUGGUGGACGUCCUCGUGGCGGGGGGGAGCGAACCCAACGCCAGAGACAAGAAAGACCAGACCCCCCUGCACUGGGCUGCCUCUGGGGGUCAUAAGGCAGUGGUGGACGUCCUCGUGGCGGGGGGGAGCAACCCCAACACCAGAGGCUGCGGCGGUAAGGUUAUCAUUAUAACCAACACUCGAGAUCUGUUGACGAACUCGAUACUUAGAGAGCUCCGCCAGGUAACCGCGGUUUACCGCGACCCUGGCCAGGCCUUCUCUGGCUUGGGACCAGGGAGUGCCUCCACGUGCCAAGCCACGAUUCCCCUGGCACGUGACGGGUCUGCGUCACUCCGCCAGAAUGUAACCAUGCCCAAGGUACGAAUCAAGGUGGACGGAGGGCCGUCCCCUGAAAAGAGGACAGAACUAUUGAAGAUUCUAUGCACAAAAGAUAUCAAGAUUGUGAAGCUACUUCCCACCUAUGAUGGCUAUGUGGCAAUCACCGACACAGACCGAUGCACGAAUAACGUAUUUGAGGAAGACACCCGCAACACCCUUACAUUACCGAUGCAGGCUUCGCCCCAGUUCUGUCACUAG